UGGAGCUAUAAAAGCGGGUGUCUCCAUCGCGGAGGAGCGAAGCAGUGAGUGGCCGCGUGAAGGUGAAGGUUGUGAGGAGCGAAGCUUUCACCUGAGUAACCUGCAUGGACGAGGCACCGCUGACUCCUCACCGCUGGCUCCCCCUCGCACCGCCUCACAGUCUGGCGCGGCGCGGAGUGUGGCGCAUGUGAGCUGGUGCCGCGGUGCAAGUGUUAGCGUGUGCGUGCGUGUGUGCGUCUCCGUGCUGCAAAGAUUCGCGUCUAUUGAGAUAUCUGAGUCACGAGUGUAGCCGUGAAAGUGGCAACGUGUUUAGCACACUCAAACACUCACACUCACACUCAAACACACACACAUACACACACACAUCCUGUUGUCAAAAGAGCGAGUGUGGCUUGUGGUGACUCACGUGUGUGUGUUUGUGAUCCACGGGAGAUUUAAACGCUUGGGAUCAGAGGUGUGAGUGUCCGGUCGCCCUACACGCCGCCCUACGCCAUGGAUCCCGGAGACACGUUAGCGCCACGCCCCUCACACAGAAGACCCACACUCUACUCCAUCCUAUUACUCCUCCUCCUGGCAAACUGCACGGCGGCUUCCUCACGCAGAGUCAACUCCCGCUUCCUGGACUUGUCUCGCAGUGACUACAAUAACUAUACGCGCAUCUACCGAGCAUUGGAUGAGGGCAUGAGGGACCCGAGGAGGCUGGACGAGGCCUUCAGAAGCGUGGAUCAUGGUCGGGCCCUCAAUGUGUUCGAUGUGGCCCGCGCUAUCGUGCCAGAUAUUGGCGAUUCUCAGGUCUCCCAUGAUGCAAUUCUCGUCCUCAUGAACGCACUCUUGAAAGACAAUGCCAUACCCGAGGACACAGGUAAUGACAUUGUUGACACCAAAACUCCACACAAGGAGUUAGAGAAGGACGAGGUGGAGGACAGAGCACCCACCUCCACCUCCACAUCUAGUACCACCACCACCACCACCACCACCAGCACACCCAUCCCUACAAGAAAUAAGAGUAUCUUCGACUAUCUUAUCAACCCCUUCUCCAUCCCGCAGACGUGCUGGUACAAGAGCAACCAGUAUGAGUGUGGCCUCUCUGUCUCCUGCGUGUUUCAGGGGAGCAAGCCCAUCGACCUCUGCUCCGGGGGCAUGAUCUGGUCCUGCUGCGUCCCCAGAGACAAGGUAGACGUCGUGGACCACUCAGUCGGGGCCAUCGGAAAUGACGUCAAUCACCAGCAAGAGUUUGGAGAGCGUCCCCUCCCGCCCGGCUCCUUCACGCAUAUCGGCGGCUCCAGACCCUUUGACAGACCUCCCUCCCACUUCACCCCCGACGACGAAACCUUUUUCCCCAAUGCACAUAGACCUUCUUCAGUCCUCAGACCACUUAGACCUCAGAACAGGCCGCCCUUCAGACCCCCAAACCGACGCCCACCGCCGCCCUUCUCAAGACCCGAGAGCUCCAGACCCGGUCCCAACUUUGACGGUAAUUUCAGUCACUUUAACAGACCCCAGAAUUCCUUUGAUGGCCGACCUGGUCAGUUUGACAAUUUCGAUUAUCGACCGCAUGACUUUCCUCGCCCUGGAUUUAGCCGCCCCACGUCGUUCGAAUCCCUGGGUCCUACGGGUGCAGCUGUCAAUCCAUCGGAAUGCGGGGAGAUCUACACGAGGACCAACAGGAUCGUGGGAGGCAGUGACACCGUCUUCGGCACUGUUCCCUGGCAAGCGGCGGUGAUCAAGCAGUCCUUCCUGAGCAAGAGAAUAGCAUGUGGUGGCGCUCUUAUCAACGACCGCUGGAUCGUUACAGCGGCCCACUGCGUCCACUCGACGCCGAUCAGCAGCAUGAAGGUCCGCCUGGGUGAGUGGAAUGUCAAGAAGCAGGAUGAGAGACUUCCCCACGAGGACUUCGACGUGGAGAGAAAGGAGGUGCACCCACAUUACAAAGCGGCGGACUUCCAGAACGACUUGGCGCUGAUCAGAGUGAACAGGAAGAUCGUUUUCAAGGAGCACAUCAUCCCAGUGUGUCUGCCGCAGCAAGACGCUUCCUUCGUCGGGGACUACGCCACUGUGACGGGCUGGGGACGUCUGAACCAUGGCGUCUCGAACACCCCGGCGGUCUUGCAGGAGGUGGAUGUGCAGGUGCUGCGCAACGACGUGUGUCAGUCGUGGUUCAAGGAGGCAGGGAGGCGUGAGAUCAUAUACGACGUGUUCCUCUGUGCAGGUUACAAGGACGGCGGGAAGGACAGCUGCCAGGGGGACUCCGGCAGCCCUCUCACCCUCACCCUUCAAGGCAAACGCUUCCUCAUCGGUCUCGUCAGCUGGGGGAUCGGAUGUGCGCGACAAAACCUGCCCGGAGUGUACACAAACAUUGCCCACUUCUCAAACUGGAUCUCUAGGAUAGCGCACGCGUAACUUAUUGGUGUUUUAUAUGCAGUUUAUUUGAUAUUCCUUUUCCUUUUAUUUUUAUGUAAGUCAGUAUGUGAGCCAGUGUUUGAUUUAUUAUAUUUGUUGUGUGUGUGUGUGUGUGUGUGUGUGUGUGUGUUUCUUAUGUGUAGUUUUAUGUUGGUUUUCUGAUGAUUUUGUAUUUAUGCUAUGAGUUUUUUGGUGUGUGUGUGUGUGUGUGUGUGUGUGUGUGUGUGUGUGUGUGUGUGUGGAAUUUUUUUUUGUGUAUAAAUUUUAUAAUUAUUAUGAUGAACUUUUUCCUUUGCGUGUAAAUUGAUUGCAUUGUUGUUGUAAAUUUUUUGUUCUGUUUUGUAUAUUUGUUUCAUUAUAGAGGAAUAAAAGGCAGCCUCAGGGACGCUUUGUGUGUGUGUGUGUGUGUGUGUGUGUGUGUGUGUGUGUGUGUGUGUGUGUGUGUGUCCUUGCUGCCGUCCAUUACAUAUAGUUCAGAGAAGUACGUAAUGAAAAUGUCACCUUGGAAUACAAAAGCAACAUCCACCAUAAGAAAAUAAUACCAGUGUCCCCAAAGCCGUGUCCUAAAACCCCCAUAUCACAAUACAUCCUUCCUAUCACCAUACCCCAAUGUCCGCCUCGUUCCCAUGUCCCUUCGUCCUGUCACUCUCUCACAUCCCCCUCUGUUAUCACUGUUCUUCGAGGUUAAUAAUUAUUCAUCCCCAUUUCCCCUUCUCACCAUGCCCUGAUAUCCAAAUUACUCGUGGUCCUCUGUUUAAGUAUGUCCCUUUUUACCUCAUAUCUGUUUCCCGUGUCCCCGUGUCCUCCUUAUCUUUUUUGUUAGGUUGUUAAUUUUCUGUCAUGUUUCCGUGUCGUUGUGAUUAUUUUUAUUUUUUUCUUGUGUUCCUUUCUGUUUUUCUUGUGUCCCCUGCCCAGUGUAUCCUUGUGUUCCCCUGUGUCCCCAUGUUCCGCUCAGACCAGCGAGGACAUCCCCCCCCUCCCUUGAACACGCUGUCCUCUGCAUGUUCACUUCUUAAUUACAUUUCGAGAACUCAGAACACUCGAAAACAGUAAGUCAAGUUGAUCACAUUCCUGAAGACCCCUCGAGAAAAUAAGUGACAUUCCAAAGAGAAAAGUAAAAAGUUCAAACUUCUUCCUGAAAAAAAGUUUAAAAGGUUACAAUAUAUUAAGAACUUCUAGUGCAUUUUUUCUUUUAUUCUUUUUUUUCGAGGAGAAGUAAACAAAUGUACUUCUAAGUUGGGGGUGACCUUGGCUGGCAAUGAAAUGGUGCCUCUCCCCCCCCUCCCUCCCCUGUGUGCCCCAUGCCAGGUGUCAGGUGAGGCUCCCGACAGGUACGCCUUCAGGUGCACAGGUACAGACAGGUGUCACAGGUGUAGACAGGUGUUAAGAGCUGCCCGCGCGACCCUCACACACUGUACAUAGUCCCAUCACUCAAGGAAAUAGUCUAGAUAGAGCCUCUUGUUAUUGUAGAACUUUUUUCUCUCUUUUUUGUAGAUUUUGUGUCAUUAAAUGUACGUUAUUUUUCC